AUGCCAGAUUUUCUGUUGGCGUACCAUUCCUUGGUGCGUGCUGUUAUGCAUGAGUAUUCAACUGCUUUAACGCAAGUAGACAGGGUUCGUGAUACAUUUUCGCAUUUUACCAAAAAUCUCACAAAGUAUACUUUUGACGAAUUUCGGUACAAUUGCAAGGCCUUAAAGAAGAGCAUUUAUGGUGUACAACAAAUAGCUUGCAUUGCCGAGGAGUUACUUAGUGAAAUGCGCCGUAGUACUCAAAUAGAAAAUGCAGACGACGAACGCUUAAUGGGCCUUCUCUCUACAAGUAUCCAUAUCUUGAAAGGUUAUAUUCUUCUUGCGUAG